AUGUCGAAUAUCAAUACAGACCGUAAUAACGCGGAACCUGGUCAACAAGCUGUUGAACCUGUUGUCAGCACUGUCAGACCUGUUCACUAUCUUGAUUCUCCUGUAGACACUGUCAGACCUGUUCAUUAUCUUGAUUCGCCUGAAGAAUUAGUCCUAGAUUUGACUGCAGAAGAAAUAGAAUUUAUCAAUGGCACAAAUGCCAAUACAACGGCACCUGGAUCCAAUAUUAACAAUAGUAUUCCCAUUGACGACGAUACCUUUGCUUUCUUUGUGGAAGCGGGUCUCGAUGAUCCUGAAGAACUCGCCAUGUUGGGUAUCGACGUGGAAGAGAUUCGGAACCAAAGAAUGAUUGCUGAAAGACUUGAAAAACAACACAAAGCUGAUCAUGAAGCUGCAUUAGAACUUCAACAUAAAGGAAAACGUCCGAUUACUGUGAUUGAUGAUGAUGACGAAUGCAUUGAUUUGACAGAUGAUAACGUGGCCUCUUCUUCUUCCGCAGCAGCAGCAGCAGCAUCAUCUACCAUACCACAUUAUGAUCCUUAUCAUGAUCAUCAUAUGAUUGAACACUAUGAUGAUGACAGUGAAAGUACGAAUAGUAGUGGUUGGGAAGAACCUGAUUUCAGAUUGUUUGGUGAUGAAGGCUUUGGUUUUCAUCAUUACGGUGCUCAUAUGGAAUCCAUCGCGAGAUUUGAACGCUCACAAAGAUCCUUACCUCAAAUCGCGGGUUAUAAUGCGCCUAUCUUGAGUGCGGAGGAGACUGAAAAGGAAUUACGCGAAUUAUUGGAACAUGUCAUGUAUGAUGAACCUCCAGGACCCGAUGCAAGAGCUGGAACCCCCGAUGGACUCAACAUUACAUUGUUGGAACAUCAAAAGAUUGGUUUGCAGUGGAUGAUCAAGAUGGAAGCCUCUAAAAAUAAGGGUGGUAUCUUGGCAGAUGAUAUGGGUCUCGGAAAGACUAUUCAAGCUAUGGCCAUCAUGGUUCACAAUACGUGCGAGAACGCUACAGAGAUUGACCAUUCAAGUAUUGGAAGAAGACAAACUGUAACCGAAAAAAUAAACAUCAAAGCAACCUUGAUUGUGUGUCCUGUCUCUCUUAUUGAUCAAUGGCGUCGAGAGAUUCAAGGAAAAACCACACCUCAAUUAAACGUGUUGGUUUAUCAUGGUGCUGCCAGAACACAAAGUCCAUACGAUCUUGCGAAAUACGAUGUGAUUAUUUCUUCCUAUGCAGUAACAGCAAGUAACUUUCAAGAAACAAGCAAAGGUCCCUUUGCCAAAGUCAACUUUCACCGAGUUGUUCUUGAUGAAGCCCAUACCAUCAAAAACAAGAAUACACGUGCAGCCCUUGGAUGUUGUGCUGUAGAUGCUACUUAUAGAUGGUGUAUGACAGCCACACCUAUCCAAAACAAGAUUGAAGAAUUAUACUCAUUAAUCAAGUUCUUACGUAUCCGACCUUUCUGUGAAUGGGACGAGUUCAGAGACUGUAUUGCCAAACCCAUGAAAGCAGGUAAUCAUAAAAAGGCCAUCAAGGUCGCUCAAGUCCUCAUGAAGGCCAUCUCCUUAAGACGAUCCAAAAAGGCCAUGAUUGAUGGUAAACCCAUUCUUGAUUUACCUGCCAGAAACGUCAAUAUGACCCAUAUCGAUUUCACACCCGAUGAACGAAAUCAUUAUGACUUUGUCAACCAAACCGCACAAGCUCGAUUCAACAAAUAUAUGGCUGCAGGUACUGUCAUGAAAAAUUAUUCAUCCGUGCUCGUCCUCCUUUUACGAUUGAGACAAGCUUGUUUACAUCCCAGUUUGACCUUACAAGAAGGAGAUGGAACCACUCAACCUUUACCUACCAAUCAACUCCAAUUAGCUACCUCCAUGAAACCCGAUGUCGUCAAACGUUUAUUGGAUGAUAGUGCAGGUUUAGCAGAAAUUGAAUGUCCCAUCUGUAUGGAUAUUGCACAAGAUGCUCAGAUCAUUGUAGGCUGUGGUCAUAUCCUCUGUAAAGAAUGCUUUGAUGGUUAUUGGAAUGCCAAUGAUGGUAACACCAAACGUUGUCCUCAAUGUCGUGGUGAAUUAGACAAUAUGAAAUUGGUGACGGUCGAAACUUUCUUGAAAAAAUACGCACCGGAUCUCUAUGAAGAAUCACAACUGGCCAUGACAGAAAAGGAAAAGGUGGAUAUAAAAAGAGUACAGGACUUUGUCUCCAGUUCCAAGAUUGAUAAGAUGAUGGAGAUUCUGGAUCAGACGGAUAUUGAGACGCACGGACAAGAUAAAACUAUUGUGUUCUCACAAUUUACGGGUAUGUUGGACUUGAUUGAAAAACCAUUAAAGGAUAAAGGAUUUGCUUAUUUGCGAUACGAUGGAUCCAUGGAUGUGAAACAUCGUGCUGCUGCAGUGAAUAAGUUCUUUGAUGAUCCUGAAGUGAAGGUCUUGCUCGUUUCUACCAAGUGUGGUUCACUCGGUCUUAACCUGACGAUUGCGAAUCGUGUGAUUAUCUUGGAUGUAUGGUGGAACCCAGCACUUGAGAAUCAGGCCAUUGAUCGUGUCCAUCGUAUUGGUCAAACAAAGGAUGUACAUGUACAUCGUCUCUUUAUUAAUGAUACAGUGGAAGAUCGUAUCCUCGAGUUACAAAAUAAGAAACAGGCAGUUGCAGAUGGUGUUCUGGGUGAAGGUAGUGGCGAACCUAUUCAAAGACUAGGUCUUGCUGAAAUGAUUUACUUAUUCCGUGGUGGUGAAGCUCCCGGUACCAUGCCUACACAGCAAGCAGGUCCAUCUAACUCUUCUGCUGCUGGUCCUUCCCGACGAUUGUAAAAAUGUUUUUUUUUUUUUUAAGAAAAGCUUCCUCCCUCCCUCUUUAUCGCUUCAUACCAUUAUUAUCAUAUUUUAAGUGAAAUCUGUUUAUAGUCCUUUUUUUAAAAAAAAAAAUAAAAUAAAUUUAUUUAUUGUCACUA